UUUUUCUAAAAUCAACAGUAGCAGAUCGAUUUGUAAGAAAAUAUUAAAUUUUCCUAAGUUUAUUUUAAUUUUUGAGUCUUAAAUUAAAAUUAAAAUUAAAAUUUUUGCUUUUGAAAAUUGCUCCUCAACUGUAUGAUUCAACUUUCGCGCUCAAUUUGUGUCUGGUGGGCAAGGUUGGCUAAGGUGAAAUUAAAAAUUCCCUAGAAUUAUUACUAGAUUCUGGGGAUAGUUGAUGCGUAAAAGUACCAACGGCUGUAACAUGCACGUGUUUGUGUCUUUCAAAUAAGUUUAAUAAAAAUCUCUCAAUAAAAUAAUAAUUAUAAUAUUGAGAUGUUCAAUUUUAAUGUUUAUAAAUAAAAAAAAUUUUAUUUUAACACCAAGUGGAAAUUUUGAUUUUUAAUAACAGAAAUAACCAAAAUGACGACGUCUCUUGCGGAACAAUUGAACCGGUUGCGAGCACCUCAAACUACUUUGUUGCUCCAAGACAAGAAAAGGCCUAGUUUGUUAUUUGAUCCUAAGGAUGCUGCUAAUCUUGACAGAGAAAAUGUCUUAAACAUUGGUCUAAGUGGAUUGAAGGAAUUAAUUAAACUAAGCAAUCUUUUUGAAGAAUUCGAAGGAACUUUAUUUGCCCAAAGUUCUUUGAAUUUAGAGCGUGCUGUUCAAGGCUCUAAGCUCAACAAAAAAUUAGAUGCGAAUAUUGAGAAAUUUUUGAUACUCCUAGCUCCUUACUUUCUAUUGGAUUAUUCUCACAAAGCUUUAGAAUGGCUUAUUCGCAGAUUUCGUAUCCACCAGUACAACAGGGAUCAAUUUCUUUUGUUAAUUCUUCCUUACUUCGAGACGCGCAUGUUUGCAAGAGCAUUGCAACUAGUAGAAGUAUCAGAUCCCACCGAUAAAUGGCACUGGUUAAAAUCAGUUCAAAAAACCAGAGGACCUCUCUCAUCAUUAGUUUUGAUAAAUCGCACCACCUCCGAUAAUGGUUUCUUCAAAUUGAUUUGUAAUCACGUGACAAAUGCAACGAAAAUUUACGGAUCGCAAGCAACGAGUUUAGCAACAUUGUACAAUUUUUACACAUCCACCAUGGUCAAGUCAAUUAAUCGACUGAGCGUUAUUUCUGACAUUCAAAUUAAUCACUUACUUCCAGCUCUUCUUACUGGAUUGUCGAGUUCUAUCCAAGACUUCGCUGCCGGUAGUUACAUGAUUCUUUUUAUUCUCAACACAAAAGUGAAACUCAAAGACGAUACGAUGGAUUAUCUUCUAUACAAAUCUUUUAAACGAUCUAAUAUGCACUAUGGAACGUUACUAUUUUUAAUCUCGCUUUACAAUACUUACACCAAUCCACUAACGAAGAUUUCUGACAAACUAGUCGGGCGUUUGUCAAAUUUACCCUGGUUUGUGGAAAAUCUAGUUAAAAUCAAAUCCUCCGGAGUGAAAACAUCAAAGUUUGUUGGGGCUUUCUUAGAAUGUGCUCUUCGCUCUAUUUUGAUUAAUCCGAGUGAAUCGGAGAGUAUACAAAAGACGGUGGAUGAGAUUUUUGAAAAAGUUUCCUUGGACAAGGAAGUGGAUAUCUUUUUAUCGUCUAUUUUAAGGAAUAAAUUGGUGUCUCUAGUGACGACGGAAGAGUCGAAGCAAUAUUUGAAGAAUUUGUAUAAAUCACUGGAGAAAAGUUAUCCUAGUAAAUUUGAUGGGAAUUUGAAGAAGAUUAUGGAUUCUUCCGAGAAGAGCGAAGAGGCGAAGGCGAAUUUAAAGUUUCUCAUGUCUUGGCACGAGGGUGCUAGGGAUUCGGAAGGUUCAUUGGAGAUUUUGAAUAAUCUCUCUCACGCGAAUCCAGAGCAACGAAUUUUGGCGUUGAAAGUAAUUUCGAAAAAUUCCGUAGUAAUCUCGGAAAAUUUCAAAGAAUCGAUUUACGAAACUUUGUUGGAUCGGUUCAAUGAUGAUGAGGAUAAGGUUAUUGGAGCUCUAGUCUCUUUCUCCACGAGGCGAUUGAAGGAACUGUUUUCCGUCGAUGUUUUGGUCCAGAAGUUGAUAGUUCUGGUGUCGACGUGCAGUGCGAAGAGUAGGAAAAUUGUAGCCGAACCAGCUUUGAAAAUUUUGUUGGAAAUUUGUGAGAAUGACGACGCGAGUGUGUUUCUAGUGGUGCUGCCGUAUAUCUUUCCCAUUGUUAAUGAUGACGUUGAGUUUAGUUUACAGAUUUUGGAUUCGAAUUUCGGGAGGAAGAAUAAAUUCUUCCGGGCAUUGAAAAGAGAAGUUGAGGAGGAUCUCGAGAAGAGGCAAAGCGAAUCUGGGGAGAGUCUUUCGAAUUUGGAGCAGAUUAGGAUCGUGGCUAAGGAGGAGAAGGAAUCGACGAUGAUUGCCGAGUGGUUGGUGUCUAUGAGCUUUCACAGUCUGUUAAAUAAGGAUUUACUGCCACCCACCGAUGUAAUAAUAAAUACGAUGAGGCAACAAAUGUCCGAAGGAAAUGCAGCUUUUCUAUUCUUUAAUAUGCUUCUCCUAGGUUCGGUUUGUAGAGUACCGGUGGGUUCCCUCUCGUUUGAAGUUGCCAAAGAAGCCAUCGAACUCGUUUCCAAAAUGAUAAAGAAUUACAAAAAUGUUCGACUCCUCCCGGAUACUUCCCACCUGACAGAUCAAAAAAUGCCGGAGGCUCUUGCUUUGACAACGAAAGGAAUUCUCCCACUGCAGGCUGGAACCUACGUUUUGGAAAUGAUCCACAGGCGGCUCGAUUUCAAACCCGAGAUUUUUAUGUUCGACUUCGAGAGGGACGAAGACAGAAGUCGGUUGAUUGUCAGAUUGAUUGAAAUCUACCUCGAGGGGACGAAGAACAAGAAAACGAAAGCGCAUUUCUUGUGGUGUUUGAAAAUCUUCUUUCAACGACACUUUGCGGAUUUGCAAAAUCUGAUUCGAUUUUUGUCUCAGCUUUUCAAUGAACCUGUCAAAACACAAAUUUCUUACCACGCUCUCGAGAUGACGUUCAAACUUCUAAACGACUGCAAAUCUUUCCAAUGGGUUUUUAAGGAUCAAGUGUUCAUCAGCAACUUGUUGAUAAGUUUAACAUCACGAGUCGAUAAGUGCAGAAAUAUCGCUGUUAAUAUUCUGAAAAAAGUUUCACAGACCUUCAAUCUCUCGGGAGAGGGUUUCUUCCCUUUGUUGCAGGAAUUAACAUCUCGAAAUCAUGAAAUAGACAUUGAUUCCGAUCAACUUUGUUUAAUUCUCUACUUUUUGUUAUCGCCAGAUCCGGACGUUCGUCACCUACUGAACGAUGAAGUAAGGGAAAAAUUGCUCGAGACGCAAAAAAUGCUUUUCGACAUCGUGAAGAGUGAUAAAAUUCCGAUUCAUAUCACCUCUCAACUGCUUGAUGUGCUGGUCAAUGUGAAUGGUUCGACAAUUUUGAAAACUUUGGCUCCGUUAGGAUUGAAACUUCUCGAGAAGGCGAAGACACAACCGGAUGAUAAGUACGUCAGCAUCGGCCUAACGAACAUUUUGCAAAGAAUUAACAGCAGUACGGUGAGUGCUCUCCAGUGUAAAAAUGUCUGGAAGCUCUUCGACUUGAGUCUGUCAGACCACACUUCUCAAAUUUCCGUGAAAAAUUCCAUCAAAUCGCCUAGUAUGAUAAUUAUAAAGCAGAUCGACGAGACUUUCUUCGACAACCUCCAUACGAUCUCUCCUCAAUUACAAAAGAAUUUAUUCUCGAAAUUAAUCGACGUAAUCACGGACUGUGAAGUAAGCACUGUGAGUUCAAAAGCUAGCAGAGCAUUCAGGAGAAUUCGAAUCAACGCUCAAUUUAUCGUCAACGAGUUGAAGCAAAUGACCGAAUUGGAAGAAUCAAAGAAACUUCAAGGCAGUGCAACGAAAACACGAAGGAAGUUCAUGAAUGUUUCCCAAAAUCCGGAAGUGAUCCACACGCAUAAAUGGAAACGAGGAGUAACUCUACUGGAAUUUAUCAAAACCGCGAGUAACAUUGAAAACGAGGAGAUUCUCAUUUUACCCCUCUUCGAUCUACUUCGCACUUGUCUCAGUUUCGAAAUUCAAGAUCCUGUUGAAUAUACAAAUCAACUAGUGCUCUCGGCUCUCCAUCUCCUCGCCGGGAAAUCCCUUCCAAUUCAAGGAGCACAUUUGCAUAUCGCCCUGAUAGCCCAGUGCAUCAGGAUUUCACGAAAUCCACAGACUCAUUAUUAUGCCCUGUCGCUUUUAGUCGAAUUGUUUAAGAUAGCCGACACCCAGAGUGCUCUACAUAACAUUAUGCCAAUUUUCACAUUCAUGGGUAGCUCCGUCUUGCGACAGGAGGACUCUUACUCGAUUCAAAUCACAUCGAAGACAAUAGAGACAAUUAUUCCUGUGGUGAAUUCCGGUAACGAUGAAAAUAAAGCCUGUGAAAUUCUCCGACUAUUCAUCACUUCUUUGCCCGAUAUUCCGGAACAUAGAAGAAUUCCUAUUUUUGUCAAACUUUUGCAAUUUAUGGAAAAUUAUAUUCAUCUUUAUUAUUUGUUGACGUUCGAGAGUCACGUUUUGUCACAAAGUUACGAAUUGCCUGCCCAAAGAAUUGGUGCUCAACAAAGAGCACCAGCGCAAAAAAUGGAAUUCGCUCAACAGAUUUCCUUGGAAUUCUCACCGCAGACAAUGAUCAAUAUCUGCGUGAAAUUGGUACAGUUCCUCAAAGGUUUACCCAUUGAAAUUGAUGAGGAUCAUCAGCGAAUAGGAAAAAUUCGAUUUAAAAGCAAUCAUAUAUUUAAUGUGGAGAAAAAUUCUCCGAAACAAUUGAGACACUAUAAAUACACGAUUGUUCAAUUUUUGAGUGAACUUCUCUCUCGUACUGAAUUUAUUAAUCGUAUCGCGGAAUUGGACUUGGAAGCAAUGAACGAAAUGAUGGGGGAUUUCGAUAAAUUAAUCGUCGAAUUGGUUUUGAUGAUUCAGAGUGUUUCGAGAAGUGUUGAACUUCAUCAAGGGAAACCAAAGGGGAAGUAUUGGAAGAUAUUACUGAGGCAUUUGUAUGAUAUUUUGGAUUUGGUAAAUAGUUUGUUGCCGAAUAAGGCUUUCAUUGAGAGUAUAAAGAGGCUCGUCGGUCAUGAACUCUUGAGUGUGAGGAGAAAAGCGUUAGAGUUACUGAAUGCGAGACUACAACAGAGGAACUUUGGAGAUCAGGAUCAUGACGAUUUGUUGAGUUUAAUGGACUCAUUUUCGGAUAUUCUUAAAGGUCCUCAUAAGCUGGUGAGUCAGGAGAUGGAGAUUAUUCAACAGACUGCUUUAAUUAGCAUUAAAUUGUUGGCCAAGUUCCUCGCUGCAGAGCAUCCGCAAAAUUUCAAACCCAUUCUCGAGAUGACGAUUCUUUUGGUGAAAAAUAGAAAUGGACCAGUUUUGGGAAGUGCAACAGCAUGUAUCGGAGAAUUAUGCAGUUCAAUGAGGAUUCACGCACUCUAUUCUCUCAAUAAAUUCUUCCCAGCAAUAUUGACACUGCUCGAGAAGCAAAAGUAUCAAGAAGUGCCGGACUUGAUAAUGAUAAGUGUCAUUUGUGCCCUGCAGAAAAUAGUUGACACGAUGGCUAAUUUAAUUUCGCCCUAUUUCGAUCAACUACUCUUUGAACUCGCCAGACUCAAUUCUCUUUAUACCGAUUCUGAAAAUCCAAAGAUAGGAAUAGUUGUUUCGAGACUAAAGGCAACUGGAAAUAAACUUGCAAGCUCUGUGCCUCUUCGAGUUUUAUUGCCGGCCGUAAAAAAUACCUACGACGAGCUUUUAUCUAAGAAAAAGUACAAAUACAUUGAUCCUCUAUUGGGUAUUUUGGCCGAAUCUUUCACGAACAUACAGACUUCCGAUUUAAAUACCGCCAUGCCGAAUUUGAUAGCAUUUUUCUUAAAUGCCUUGGAAUUCAGAGAGCAAAUUGGACAAUCCGAAGACAUGGAAAUUGACGAUGACUUUGGCGCUGUCUUGUCGGAUAUAAAAAGCGUGGAGGAGAGUGCGAGCAAAACUAUGGUAGCUUUAAUUUUCAAAUUAAAUGAAGAUACGUUUAGGCCUUUUUAUUAUCGAUUGUACGAUUGGGCGGCGAGAAAUCCACAGCACAAGCAUCGGAAUAUCACUUUCUAUAGGCUAUCAGCGACGAUUGCAGAUUCUUUAAAAUCGCUCUUUGUGCUUUUCGCGGGUCACUUUUUGAAACACGCAGCUUUACUUCUGAGCACGAAUAAUUUAUCGAUAAAAGAUGAAGUACAGGAAUCGACGAUUGAAGACGAAUCAAGUAGAAUUGAACUUAUUGAAGUUAUUUUAUUAACACUUCUCAGAGUCUUCUCAUACAAUGCUCACGAUUUCUUAACUCAGGAAAGAUUUAGCAUUCUUCUUCAGCCAAUAGUUGAUCAAAUUGAAAAUACCCUGGGAACAAAGGAGGAAUACGAGAAACGAUCUAAUGACUUAAUUGUUCCAUGUGUGGCUUCCUUCGCCGCUGCCACUUCUGAUGAUUCAUUACAUAAGCAACUUGUUUAUCAAAUUCUUCUCAAAUCCAGGCACACGAAGGCUUAUGUCAGAAAUUCUGCUCUUAACUCUAUUGUGGAAAUAGCGCGAAAAUUAGGAGAAGAAUUUAUGCCACUCUUGCCGGAAACAGUACCAUUCCUGGCUGAAUUAUUGGAAGACGAGGACGAAGUCACUGAGAAGAAUGCACAGAAUGCGGUAAGAACACUCGAAGAAAUCCUUGGAGAACCACUUCAAAAAUAUUUCUGAUCCCACAAACAAGCUCUUAAAAUUCUUUACAACUUAAGAAUUGCGUCAAUGUGAACUUAAUAAUUUAAUACCAGGUAUUAAUUGAAAAUUAACAUUAAGCGAUUAUAUUUUUAAUAGUUAAUUGAAUAUGAAAUUCUAAGAGAAAAUAUCUUCAUAAUUGUAGAAUAUAUUGAUAAUGAAAUUUGAAAUUGUAUUUAAGGAAACAAAGAAUGUGAGAAUAAAAUAUUACUAUUUUACGAAAAAA